CCUUGUUCUGUCGGAAUCUACACUGAUCUACUCUGAUACUAAAGGAAUCGCCUUAAUAAUUCUACUCCAACAACGUUUAUAAAUAAUAGUUAUAAUUUAGAAUCUCGUUAUUAAGAUCAGCAUGAAGAUCACCUUCUGCCAUGUACUCGUCUUCUUGCUUCUCCGGGAGGCAAUCGCUGGUGUGGCCAGGAAACCACCAGCCUUUUCAACCCCUGUGUUCACGGAUUCCUAUUUACCAGCUGGAAUGCAGGUGAUAUUCCACACCGUAGAGCAAUUGAAACAACAGCAGUUCGAAGAAUCACAACUAUCUAAUUUAUCAACGCCUUCCACAAGUUCACAUCUUCCUAGUCAAGAGCAAAUCACCGUGCGACCAUACACCCCAGCAAUAUCUGUGAACACCAAUAAAACGACUGAAGAAACAAUACUGGUCCAUGUUAUCACUGAGAAUAACACAUUUACCCAAGAAAUGCCUGUUAAAAAUCAAGAGAAUCUCACAGGAAGUCAAGAAAGUUCUGUACCUGAAACAAAGAUUCCGGUCACCGAUCGAGAGAUUAUCGAUCGAGAAACUUCAUCCACCGAACAAGGAGUCUCACAUGAGAAGACAGAACUUUGGGUUCCCUCUAGCGAGGAUUCGGAGGUACAUGAAGUUCCAUCACCGGACCAAGGAAUUCCAGCCAGCGAUGAAGGAAUUUUGGCGUUCGAUCAAGGAACUCCGGCUGGUGACCAAGAAACUCCAGGUGUCAACCAAGAAACUCCAGAAAUAAACGAAGAGGAAGCCGAGGUAAAUUACGCGACGCCGGAAACCAAUUUCGAGAUCCCAGAGCAAAACCAAGAGAUUCCUGAAAUACUGCCAGAAAUGAGCGAAGUUAACCCAGUGGAAAGCAUUUCGGACUUGAAGGCCCCAGGAAGCACGCUAGUUCCGGAAGUGACGAGCUCGUCGAGUCGUAAAGAAAUGGACGGGGCAGGAAGUAUUGGAGACCACCCUUACGAGGAUCAAGAACACUCUGUUCAGGAUAUAAAAAAUAAAUCGGCCGACGAGGAAGGCACUCAAGGGAUUCCUAAAAAGCAAAGUCGUAAGAGAAUCGAAGCGUCUCCUUUCGAGGCGAUAAAUUCAGAGGUGGACGGCCAAGAUAAAGCGGACAAUCUCGAGGAGGAAGAAGAUGAAAACAGGUUCUCCCAGCUGGGCGAAAAAGUGGUUCAGGUACCUCGUCCAAGUUUAACCAACUAUUUAAAGCGAACAAAUGUACCGCUGAAGGCCUCGCUUCAACAAUUGGCAAGUCUCUAUGACGCCCUCAGCAAGGAUGCCAGGAAACAAGGAUUCGCGAAAUACGCAGGAUACUCGGAUGAUGUCAUGAAAUUCCUAGAAAGUUCAUCAGAGGGUGGAGUUGGACCACAGUUGAAGAGAAUCCUAACCAAGAUCACUGAAAAGCAAGAAUUGACUAGAGAAGACGCCAAGAUGAAGACUGGGGUGGUUCUUCGAGAUCUCGAUGAUCCUGGCAGCAUUUUGAAUAGGGAUUUAAAACUCGUGGUGCCCUUACGUUUUAUGCCUUGAAGGGUAAUUAAGAGAUUAAAUUUGAGAAAAACACUAAAAGUAUGUGAGAAGUAUAUGCGCAUAGGCGCAUAAUUAACAUUUUUAUAGAAAGGGUGUUCGUUUCUACAGUUAAGAAUGUAGAAAUCUGUUCAAUAUCCA